CGUUGGGACAAUUUACCAAUCUCAGCUUCAGAAGGGAAGCCUCGCUUGGGAUUUUAUUGUCUAUACCAAAAAAAUUGGAGGGAAAAAGAGGGCGAGAGAAGAUGCCAGUGGCACGAGCUGAAUCGUCUGGUCCAAGGGUGAUCGCUCACGUCGACAUGGACUGUUUCUACGUUCAAGUUGGGCAGCGUAAACAGCCCCAUUUAAGGGGCCAACCCACUGCUGUGGUGCAGUACAACUCCUGGAAAGGUGGGGCCUUGAUUGCUGUCAGCUAUGAGGCCCGGAAAUAUGGGGUCAAGCGUUCAAUGCGAGGUGAUGAAGCAAAGAAAGUCUGCCCACAAAUUCAACUUGUUCGGGUCCCAAUGGCUCGUGGUAAAGCUGACUUGAGCAUAUACAGAAAUGCGGGUUCAGAGGUGGUGUCCAUUCUUGCAAGGAAGGGCAGAUGUGAACGGGCUUCAAUUGAUGAAGUGUAUCUUGACCUCACUGAUGCUGCUGAAGCAAUGUUAGCAGAAACUUCUCCAGAGAGCUUGGACACAAUUGAUGAAGAAACUCUUAAAUCACACAUCUUGGGACUUAAUGGGGAUGGAAGUGAUCUCAAACAAAAUGUAAGGAAGUGGCUUUGCAGGAGCAAUGCUGAUCGCUGUGAUAAGUUGCUAGCUUGUGGUGUUCUUAUUGUUUCAGAACUUAGGAUGCAAGUUUUGAAGGAGACUGAGUUCACAUGUUCUGCUGGUAUAGCUCAUAACAAGAUGCUGGCCAAACUAGCAAGUGGUAUGAAUAAACCUGCACAGCAAACUGUUGUUCCCAUCACAUCUGUAAAAGGAUUGCUUGAAUCUUUGCCUAUAAAAAAAAUGAAGCAGCUUGGGGGAAAGCUUGGGAGUUCGUUGCAAAAUGACCUUGGUGUGAAUACUGUCGGGGAGUUAUUGCAGUUCUCAGAGGAGAAACUCCAAGAAUGUUAUGGCAUAAAUACUGGUACUUGGUUAUGGAACAUUGCAAGAGGAAUUAGUGGGGAUGAGGUAGAAGGUCGUCUUCUUCCCAAAAGUCAUGGCUCUGGGAAGACAUUUCCUGGCCCUCGUGCUUUAAGAUCGAUUGCUUCAGUUGAACACUGGCUUAAUCAACUUUGUGAAGAACUGAGUGAACGUCUUCAUUCAGACCUUGACCAGAAUAAGCGGAUUGCACACACACUUACUCUGCAUGCAAGAGCAUUCGUGUUCAGUGACUCUGAGUCAGACAGAAAGUUUCCUUCUAAGUCAUGCCCCUUGAGAUAUGGCACUGCCAAGAUCAAAGAAGACACACUAAACCUAUUUCAAGCUGGGUUACGUGAAUAUCUUGGCUCAUACAGGAUCAAGUCUUUGCGAAGUCGACACAAUGGAUGGGGAAUAACUUCUCUUUCUGUUUCAGCAAGCAAAAUAGUUGCAAUACCAUCUGGGACAUGUUCAAUCAUGAAAUACUUUCCUGGGAAAGAUCAGUCCUGCAGUUCACCUGAGCAUUUGAAUGAUAUAAUUGUCCCAGAAACUGCAGUGUCGUCAGCCUCUGGAUUGCAUCCAACGGAACUGCCUGUAGAUUAUCAGAAAGAAGAAACGAGUAUUAGGCAUGCUGUGCCGAGUUUGGAUCAACAGGAGAACAAGAGCGAAGGGUAUGCAAGAGAGGAUACAUAUCAAACCAUGCAGUCUCCUGAGCAUGAGUAUCCAUCAUGUUCUCUAUCAAAGACAGCAAAUGAUUCUCUUGUCCAAGAAACGUCUACAUUGUCUUCCUCAGGGGCUGAAAGCUUUUUCAAACUCAUUCAGAAUGAAUUGGACAGAGAAUUCCAUGAGGAUGCCGGGCUCCAGUAUUUCAUUCAUGGUGCUACACAAGAAGCGCAGAAAAGAAAGAAGGUGAAAGACAAGGGAUCCACUUCAAUCUUGAGAUUUUUUCAGAGUUGCAACAACUCUUCCUCUUCUUCGCACAAGCAAGAACCUGAUGAAACCAUAGCAGAAGCCAAAGCAUUGUCGUCCCCAAGCUUGAACUUUAAGUCAGUAAGUAGCUCUCGGGUCCCAACUGAAGCCGAGUUACAAAAAGAGAACACAGUCACACAGACAGGGACUUGUAGUAGCAUGUCAAAUUUGGGUCAAGUAGAACCAAGGAGGGAGGCAUGGGAUUACAGCAUUGAUGAGAUUGACACAACCGUAUUUAACGAGCUGCCACCUGAAAUCCAGGAAGAGGUUCGUGCCUCGCUCCGGCCUCAGAAGCGGCCUAAUAUCAUAAAAAGAGGAUCCAGUAUUACUCACUAUUUCUUGCCCUCUAAAAGUACAUGCAAUGAACCGUUGCUGUUUGAGAUAGUGAUUAGUCUGAAGCCUUCGACGCCAAAUGCUGUUGCUGCAAGAUGUUCAAGGAGCACUCCUACAGUGAACAAGUUCACUCAAGGUUGGCAGGAGCAGAAUUUGGCUCAAAUUACUUGGUUAUGGAACAUUGCAAGAGGAAUUAGUGGGGAUGAGGUAGAAGGUCGUCUUCUUCCCAAAAGUCAUGGCUCUGGGAAGACAUUUCCUGGCCCUCGUGCUUUAAGAUCGAUUGCUUCAGUUGAACACUGGCUUAAUCAACUUUGUGAAGAACUGAGUGAACGUCUUCAUUCAGACCUUGACCAGAAUAAGCGGAUUGCACACACACUUACUCUGCAUGCAAGAGCAUUCGUGUUCAGUGACUCUGAGUCAGACAGAAAGUUUCCUUCUAAGUCAUGCCCCUUGAGAUAUGGCACUGCCAAGAUCAAAGAAGACACACUAAACCUAUUUCAAGCUGGGUUACGUGAAUAUCUUGGCUCAUACAGGAUCAAGUCUUUGCGAAGUCGACACAAUGGAUGGGGAAUAACUUCUCUUUCUGUUUCAGCAAGCAAAAUAGUUGCAAUACCAUCUGGGACAUGUUCAAUCAUGAAAUACUUUCCUGGGAAAGAUCAGUCCUGCAGUUCACCUGAGCAUUUGAAUGAUAUAAUUGUCCCAGAAACUGCAGUGUCGUCAGCCUCUGGAUUGCAUCCAACGGAACUGCCUGUAGAUUAUCAGAAAGAAGAAACGAGUAUUAGGCAUGCUGUGCCGAGUUUGGAUCAACAGGAGAACAAGAGCGAAGGGUAUGCAAGAGAGGAUACAUAUCAAACCAUGCAGUCUCCUGAGCAUGAGUAUCCAUCAUGUUCUCUAUCAAAGACAGCAAAUGAUUCUCUUGUCCAAGAAACGUCUACAUUGUCUUCCUCAGGGGCUGAAAGCUUUUUCAAACUCAUUCAGAAUGAGUUGGACAGAGAAUUCCACGAGGAUGCCGGGCUCCAGUAUUUCAUUCAUGGUGCUACACAAGAAGCGCAGAAAAGAAAGAAGGUGAAAGACAAGGGAUCCACUUCAAUCUUGAGAUUUUUUCAGAGUUGCAACAACUCUUCCUCUUCUUCGCACAAGCAAGAACCUGAUGAAACCAUAGCAGAAGCCAAAGCAUUGUCGUCCCCAAGCUUGAACUUUAAGUCAGUAAGUAGCUCUCGGGUCCCAACUGAAGCCGAGUUACAAAAAGAGAACACAGUCACACAGACAGGGACUUGUAGUAGCAUGUCAAAUUUGGGUCAAGUAGAACCAAGGAGGGAGGCAUGGGAUUACAGCAUUGAUGAGAUUGACACAACCGUAUUUAACGAGCUGCCACCUGAAAUCCAGGAAGAGGUUCGUGCCUCGCUCCGGCCUCAGAAGCGGCCUAAUAUCAUAAAAAGAGGAUCCAGUAUUACUCACUAUUUCUUGCCCUCUAAAAGUACAUAGACACAGCUCAAAAACAGCACCAAGAGCUCUGUUUUAUGCAUAUAUAUACAUAUACAUAUAUAUUAACAUGGCCUAACUUACAUGGAAAUGGAGUAUGGAGCAUGGAAGGCUCAAAACAAAAGCCUUUGAAUUGAACC